CAGCCCGGCCCAGAAACUUGUCUUCAACAGAGUGAACGGGAAGAGGCCGCAGGUUCUGCGGCAUGUCUUGGCCCCCGAGGAGAGCUACACGCUGGCCCACGAGGAGAAUGUCCGCUUCAUCUACGAAGCCUGGCAGCAGGUAGAGCAGCAGCUGGAUGACAGCCGGAGCGGGGAGAGCGCCUGCGGCCCUGUGCAGUACGUAGAGAAAACCCCCAGUCCCGGACUGAAAA